AUGGUAGAAGAGCAAAAAAAGAAGAAGGCUGCUGAUACCCUUGAUUAUGACAUUGCUUGUGGUAUGCUAGAGAAAAUUGAAGAUAAUCUGUUUCAAUGUAGAUCCUUUACAUAUGAUAUGUUAUACUAUGACAGUGAAGUUCGAAACGGUUAUCUUUAUAGCUGUUCUUGCCCUGAGCCCUCCAAGCCCUGUAAACAUAUUUUCCUUGUCAGUCGUAUAUUUCAAGCAUCUUUUACAGAACGUUCAAGACUGCGUGUAACUCUUGUUACAGAUGAGAAUGCCGCCUUGUCUAAUACGAUUGAAGAAAUGCCAAAUACUACCUUUGGUAAUAUUCAAGGCACUAGUAACAUGGACGAGCGAAACCUGCGCUUUAAUGAACUCAUCAACGAAGGAGAAAAGCUUGCUUUGUUAGUUCAGCAAAGGCAAACUAAAUGAAAU